AACUCCUUGCAGGCCUAGGAGAACCAAUCAACAAGUUGCUACAAGUGAUUUUCACUAUGGCAUCCUCAUUAAAUAGGAUUUCACGCACUGGGACAUUAUGCACUUCGGCAAAACUACGUACCAAGACCAGUUUCAACAGCUUGCUUUCAUCUCUGGCAUCAUUUGAUUUACUGAAAACAUACAGUAGCAGCACGGUGAAAAAUGUAGCAAAAAGAGUUGGCAUUAGGACGCUGGUGAUCCUGACAGUGUCUGAUGCUCCAUUGUAACUGAUGGAACUGUGUGGGUCCUCAUGGAAAGAAGAAUUUAAGUGCAGAUGAGCAGCUGUCUGCAGCACCUAAAAGAAUUGAGUUCUGUCGAAGACCUUGGGGAGUGUAGGAGCGUACCCCUUGACUGGGGACAAAGACUCUGGAGGCGGGCAGGAUUCAGGUUGUCUUUUCUUCCUUGGUCUUGGAAUUUUCUACAUGUUUAGGCCGAACAUAUCCUUUGUUGCUCCUGUGCAGGAGAAAGUAGUAUUUGGGGCAUUCUUCCUGGGGGCCAUACUCUGCCUGUGUUUCUCUUGGUUGUUUCAUACGUUCUACUGCCAUUCAGAAAAUGUUUCACGUGUAUUUUCCAAAUUGGACUAUUCUGGUAUAGCACUUCUAAUAAUGGGCAGUUUUGUACCAUGGUUGUACUACUCCUUCUACUGUAAUCCCCAACCAUGUUUCAUUUACUUGCUUGUUGUCUGUGUACUUGGCAUCACUGCAAUUAUAGUUUCCCAGUGGGACUAUUUUGCAACUCCACAAUACAGAGGUGUACGUGCUGGAGUAUUUGUAGGAUUAGGGCUGAGUGGAGUUGUGCCUACCCUGCACUUUAUGAUGUCUGAAGGAUUUUUCAGGGCUGCUACAAUUGGACAGAUUGGCUGGCUAUUCUUAAUGGCAACAUUGUAUAUCACGGGAGCUGCCUUAUAUGCUGCCAGGAUUCCUGAGCGUUUCUUCCCUGGGAAGUGUGACAUUUGGUUCCAUUCCCAUCAGUUGUUCCAUGUUCUGGUUGUAGCUGGCGCAUUUGUCCAUUUUCAUGGUGUCUCGAAUCUUCAGGAAUUUCGUCAUGGUGUUGGCGGUGGAUGUGCUGAAAAUGGCUUACUAUGAGACUGAUCUUUAAUUAGAUGUGCAGUGAAACUAUAAUCAAUGGAAUUGGUGAUAGAAUGACUGAAGACCUGUUCUGAUAAUUCUUACCACAGUUGUAAUUUGGGUCAGUCAGUCCAAUAUUGUGUGUUUCACAAAUAGUGAUCAGUUUUUUCUCACCUGUUUUGGAUGAUGCUAUCACACUUGGAAAUUAAUGGUAAUCAGAUGAUCUGGGAACCAACUGGAAGAGUGCAUAACUAGUUUGGGCUUCAUUGGAAAUACAGGACUACAACUGCAUCAGAAUGGUGUUUUCCACAACGAUCAUGGGUAAUCAAAGGAAACGACCCUCGAGGUAGAGACGGACAAAGUCACUAUGCUUGAAGUCAGCAAAUGAAGGGUUAUCCAUGCAAUUGACUAACUAGUUAUAAAAUCCCAAUUAAAAUAUGUAAAUUAUAAAUUAUAAUCUAGUAUGUAAUUUACAUAAGUGCUGAAUCUGAAGCAAAGUUCUGCUUUUAUUGAAUACCAUAUUUAUUUCUAUGAAAAAAUACAAAGUGGAAGAAGAUUUUGAAGGAAUUAAUACUUCUGGCAGGGUCUGCUGCUUAUAACAAUAAGGUCCUUGUAAAUAAGAUUUCUAACUUUCAGUUAAUUAGAAAAUUUAUAUUAUGAAAUGACUUUUGUACAGAGAGCAUUCGCAAGAGUACCACACACUGUUAACUUACAUUGCACAAAUAUUAGUAGACAUCACUUCAGGUAAUAGAAAGAUGCUAGUAUACGAAGCAAUGCAAAAAAGCCUUCUUUGUGAUGGCUUUCCCACUAAGUGUGCUGAGAGGUCUGGUAAUUUUAUUUUUUAUUCUGCCGUAUGCUAUGCUAAUAGACAGUAAUGAUCGGUGAAAUCAACUUGAAGUAAGAGUGCAGAUUUCUACUGAUUGUGCACCCAGUCCAACUUGUAAGAAAUUACAUGCCUUUAUAUGUAUGCAUAUGUUGUAUAGACAUAUCCAUUCAUAUACAAACUAUUUUACUUUGAUUGUUGUGAUGUCCUUUGCAUGGGUUGGGGGUAGGACUUGUCACUACAUUUGUUGGUUAGUUUGUUAGUCGUUGAUGUAAAGUGAUGUAACUGGACCAAAGCAGUUUGCUUUCAGGUUCAGUUAAAAUUGGAAAUCAUCAGCUCUAAAACAUUUUUAGCUUAUUUUGUCACUGUGGAUAUUCCAGCAAAUCUAAAUUACUGAAAUAAGCAGGUCUUUUUAUGGUUUCCUUUAUUGUUGUAGGUGCAAAACUGCUUCCUUCCUCAUUUCUGACUACGGCAGUAGUAAAGAAACUAAACUUCACAGUUUCUAUUUGAGGUACAUGUUUUGAAUUAAUAAAUCUACCCACUAUAAAUCAUUUAACUUAUUCAUUACACUCCUGUUAGAUUCAGGCAUGACAGCUUCUGUUAUCUAUACAGCUGUAAUGACAGUUACUUUUUUAUGGUUGGAAAUUUUCAGUAGAAAUGAUGAAAUUUUAAAUUCUGAUAAAGGAUAGCCAAAUUACUCUAUUAUUAGUGCUUGCUUUGACACUAGGCAACCAUAGAUAAUUUUUUAUUCUUGCCCCCACACUCUUUUUUUCCCCCUUUUCCUGAAUUGUUAAAGUUGUCCUGGUGUUUUGAUUGAUUCAAGCUGGACAGCUGGUUGAAGUGCUUAGCAUGGAGGAAGAAAGCUACAUCUUGAUUCUAUCUGCUGAGCUUUACUAUUAACUGCAGUUAUGAAGAAGCCUGAAAGACUAACUAAAUUAAUGCAUUAUGGGCAAACCGAGAAAAAGCAUAGUAAAGAACUGAAGUCUCCGCUCAUGAGCUCCAACACUCUAAGGUACUUUUCAGCUCUCAGCCACUCGUACUUGACUCACACCAGAUGUUGGGUUCUGGGUUCAUAAAACUAAGAAGCUGUAGUACUCUUUAAGGGGGAUUUAUUUUGGUUAUUCUUACCUUUAAUAUUGCUUGAUCUUAUUGUUUCCUCCUUCACCCUUCAGUAUGUCAUCCUGUCAGGCAGCUAGAAUGAGUGCUGAUAAUAGUAUCAAACUAAGAAUGUUGAUCCUAGAGGAUGCAAAGUUUUUAUCGGGUUCUUUUGGCAAGAUCAGAUAUGACAUGAAUCUAAGCAUUAAGUGUAAUGGGUCAAUUUCUUGUUUUACAUGAUGUUUGUAGUUGGUUCAAAAAGAACUUGAGGGAUAGGUAAAAAUGUUCAUGAUAUGCUUAAGCAUCAAGUACCUACAUUACCAAAAUGAGAAACUGACUAAAAGCAAAAUCCUACUUGUUUAUUUUGUGUUAAAUGCACAAUACCUGCUGCUUAGCUCAUAAGAUUUCCCAAGAAUUUGUCCAAUGCCUUAUUUGAAUCAGUUUUUCUUUUGCUUGCUAUGGGAAUGUUUUAUAAUCAAGAAUAUUUCAUUUUCAAAUACAAGGAGGCCUUGUUUAUUUUAUUUUCCAAUGCUUUACUCGUGUCCCUAGAUUAUAUAUUGGCUGAGGGUGCAUAAUUGUAUUUUUACUUGAUGUAACAUUCAAUUCAUCUAAUAAAAAAAUUAUAAUUUUU